CCAUCCGGAAGCCGCCGGGCCGGCAGGAAAUGACGAAGCAGAGGUCGUCCGGUCCGUGCGGUAACCGGCUCCGCGCGUCCGGCCGCGACUGCCGGGGAAAGAGCGCGGAGCAGAGCCGCCGGGCCGCGUGCCGCCUGCAGAGCUAGCGGCUCCCAUGCCUGGCGGUUACGGAGUGAUGGGCGACGAGGGCUCUAUCGAUUACAGCGUUCAUGAGGCCUGGAAUGAAGCCACCAACGUGUACCUGGUAGUGAUCCUUGUCAGCUUUGGGCUCUUCAUGUAUGCCAAGAGAAAUAAAAGGAGAAUUAUGAGGAUAUUCAGUGUGCCACCUCCAACAGACACUGUGUCAGAGCCCAACUUUUAUGACACAAUAAGCAAAAUUCGGUUAAGACAGCAACUGGAAAUGUACUCCAUUUCCAGAAAGUAUGAUUACCAGCAGCCACAGAGCCAGGCUGACAGCGUGCAGCUCUCAUUGGAAUGAAAUCUCAGAAAAUGAGCAGCAGGAAUGAUCGUUGUUCAAGAGUGCAGUCUCCUCGCGCUGCCAAAUCACGAGCAGCAUUUUUUUUAAACUUCUGUCUCCAUAAAAUCAUUUUAUUUGUGACUUUUCCCCAAUUUGUUGGUGUGUUUUGUUUCACUUUUUUAAACCUCAUCUCCAAAUCAUUUGUUCCACAAAUCAGAAAUUCCUCAAAAGGCCUGAACACAGAGAGUCUGCACGUACCUAGGAAGAUAGAGUAUCACCAGAGAUGGUGACUGUACCUUGUGAAGACUUUGAUCCCUUCAGGAGACAGUCAGGAAAUAAAAACACAUCUUUGGAAGCAAGAGUCUGGAGCUGAUGCCACUUUGGAACUUCUUUGCCAACUUAAAAAAUAAAAAUCUAAUCAUUGGAAUAACUUCCUCUUCGACUGUGUUCUGGGAUAAAUAUAAUAAGGAUAACGGACUAACGUAUGUUCUUAUGGCUGUUGUUACCUCUAACCGAAUUAACCGUUUUUGCUACUUCAGAAUUUGCACAGUAAACUGUCUUUUCUGCGUUGUGAAAUUGUGAUGCGCACCCCCCCUGCUAACUGUAGAAGUUUUCUGUGACUGGAGUUUGUUCCCCUUAAUUAUAUUCCCAGGAAUUUCUUCCACCAGAAGAGUCUUCUUUCGGCCGUGCUGGGGCUAUACUGCGGAAUACAUGGGCACCUCUGACUGGUGUCAGCGGCUUGCUUUGGGGUCAUGUGGCCAUCAGUCUUUAAUGUAACUGUAUGGUUUCUUAGCUUCCCUGCAGACUCUCGUAUCUUGUACCAUUUUGUACUGUACAUUGAAAUGUUUUCACCCAGUUUUUCAUAUUUAUUUAAAUAAAAGCCGGUUGGGGAUAGUGGCAGGGAAGUUCAACUGUCCAUGUAACUGUCCAUAAAUUAGUUUUUGAAUCAAAACUAUAAUUUUAAGAGUUAGAGUUAAUAUUUCAAGCAUUAUUGCCUUUUCCUUUAUAAUUAUGAAGUAAAGAAUAUAAAUGAAAAGGUUUAGACCAAAUAAAAUCAUUUCAGGGAAAUUGCAUUUACUUUUAAAAUUUAAAUCUUUUCAAAUAUAUAUAUAUAUUGUAUAAGGUGAAUUGUUGACCAAAUGGAAUAAUUAUUUCUUAACUCACAGAUGAGUUUGAACGCACCGCCUGUAUGUAGAAUGAAUACUCGGACUGAAGGAUUGUAAACAGUUACGAUUAUGGCCUGGGGAUAGCAGAGCAGCAAGGGGACAAUCUUCUUAAACUUUGCUUUGCUCUCAUGUAAUCAGGAACGGGGGCGGUUUACCUGCUGUCCCUGAUGUGUGGCACAAAUCUAGACAAAUUACGAAAACUGGCUAUCUCAGCUGAUUUGUACAGUGUACCUAAAUAAACAUCAGUCACAACGAAAUGGACUGUGAUGGUUUUUUAUUUGCAUCCACUGGACAGAGACAGUCACGACUAAAACCUCACAGAUCAUUUGGUGAGAGUGGAACUCUGGCAAGUGAGAGAGGAAGAUUCCUCAUUUCUUCUCUGAAGCCCGCUGAUGGGAGUCACGCCUCCACCAGCAGGAUCAACAGCAAGUCCGCCUUUGAAGUUUCUUCUCUGCUUCCACAGCUGAGCUGGGAAAGCAGGGGAUGCCCUGCAGCCACACUUCAAAGAGACACCAGUUAUUGUCCUGCUUCUGCCCCUGAAUCCACCAAGGGUUUGAUGGAACUAUUUUCUUUGGAAGAAAAAAGGCAUGACUAAUAAACAGGUCAGUAACA